AUGUCUGAAUCCCUCACUGCUGCCGAACUCCAGAAGAAACAUGGGAUUGAGGAUGCCCAGGAAUUCAAUGGCACUCCUCUGGCUGCGGUGAGCCCGGCUCCAGCCAACGGUCACCUCGACACUGGUUCCCAGGAGGCUUUCCCGUCUCUUGCGCCGUCUCCGGUUUCUCAGUCUGCCAACAAGCCUGCAGGCUCGGCCUGGGGCUCCUCAGCUGGUCCUCGCAUUCGCCCUGCGGUCACGAAGCAGAUUAUGUUCUCGGACUCCUUCAUUCUGAGCUCUUCGGACAUUGCAACCGCUGGCAGGGAUGGCAAGCCCAUAUCUCUCGGUCAGGUUAUGAAACAGGUCAUGGUGCAACAUAAAGUCAAAAUCGAGGCCUCUACGAACCAGAAGUCGCGUCAAACCACGUUCUUCCUCAAGGCCGAGUACCAGAAGGAUCUUGACAAGGCCAAGCGCAGUCUGCUAGCACUUUUGAGCCCUGUUUCACUCUGCUUCGAACACGCGAAGAACUAUCCAAAGCGAUGUACGCAUACUCAUGAGCGGUACGGGCUCUGCCUGCCGGUGCUUAGCAUAGUCUCUUUGGUUUUGCAAGCUCCAGUGUCUACUAUCCCGAGCCUUGUUGGUGCCAAAGGUGCAAACCUCAUCAGGGUGCGAGAGCAGACCGGUGUGAGGAUCGACAUUCCGCGGCGCGACACUCUGCCUGCUGUCAACGGGAAUGCACAGGCCAUGCUGAAAGAAACCAUCGCGGAGAGGCGUUCCAGCUCCACGCAGCGUGUCCGCGAUAUCCCCGCACACAUCCUGCCGUUCUUGAUCCCGCUCCGUGCCUCGUUCAUGGCAGCGGACGGUAAUGAUGUGCAGCUCGUGCUUAACAAGGACACGGGGGAGAUUGCGGUCACCGGAGAACACGACGCGGUUGGUCGCGUUGCGGAAAAGAUACGUUCUGCCAUGGCGUACUUCACGGGUGAAGUCUCUCAGCUCAAGCUGACGCUGCCCAAGCGCCAGCACCGGCUGCUGACCGGCAGCGGUGCGGACGAGGUGAUGGCAAAAAGCAAGUGUGCGGUGCUCAUUCCAAAGCCCGAGGAAGCGAGCGAGGAGAUCGUUGUAUGGGGGAAGCAGGGGGAGCUGGCGGGAGGUGUGCAGGCGGUCAUGGAGAAGGCAAACUCGGCGUACAUUCACGAGUUCCCUCUCCCCGGUCCCAUCGCGACCUCACGCCAGCUGCUCACAUACAUCACGCGCGUUGAUUUCGCCCAGACCCUCAGUGAUGCGAACCCUGGCGUCUCGGUGUACACCCCGCCGCUAUCUGCCAUGGACAAGGCCACGGUUCUGAACGUGGACAUGGUCGGCGACAAGCCUGCGGUGGAUGCAGCUGUUAGCCAGUUCUCAGCGCUCAUCGGAAAGCUCAUCGGGGCCACGAAGGACGUUCAGAUCGACUGGCUGGUACAGCCGAUCAUCAACUCGCACAAGAAUGCUGAGAAGAUCAAGGCAUUCCAUGAGGUGCACAAUGUCCUGGUGUUCUUCCCGCCCGAAUCUGCAGAGCUAUCUUCAGUGCUCCUGGUUUAUGACCCCACCUCCCCCUCUGCGUCCCCUUCUCCAGUGGAUAAGGCGAAGAGCCUUGAGGAUGUAGAGCAGGAUCUGCUAAAGCUGGCUCGUGACGCCGCCGAUGUCAAGACAGAGACCAUCACGGUGGAGAAGAAGUGGCAUGAGGCUGUCAUUGGCAGAGGCGGGACUACCCUGAACGCGAUCAUCGGCGAGGACAAGACGCUCUCGAUCAAGUUCGGAGCCGAGGUAAGCGAUGCGUCGACAGAGGAUGUCAUCCGCGUUCGCGGCAUACGUGGGGAUGUGGAUCGUGCUGUCAAGGCAAUCCUCAAGAUCGUCGAGGAUGCCAAGAACGAUGAGAUUGAGAGCAGCUAUUCAACCGAGUUUGCUAUCGACAAGGAGUUCGUUGGUCGAAUUGUUGGAGCGGGCGGCGCUGGCGUCAACAAAAUACGGGACUUACUUGGGGUCAAGAUCGACUUUGCGGACGACGUGGACGAUAAGGAGAAGGAAGUCAGUAAGAAAAAAAAGGCUGUCCACGCGAAAUCCCGCGUCACGAUCGUCGGUCGCAAGGAAAAUGUCGAAGAAGCCAAGAGACGUAUCACCAAUACCGCCGACCGGCUUGCCGACGAAACCUCUGAAGUACUUAAGAUUCCGCACAAGUACCAUGCAGGCCUGAUUGGUCCCAGUGGCAAAGAGCCUUUGAAACCCGAUGAAGUCCUAGUCAAGGGCGGCAAGAAGGGUGUUGCAAAUGCUAAGUCUGAGCUGGCUGAUGCCGUCGAAUUCGAGAAGGAAUCGAACCAUGAAAUCAAAUUCACGGUUCCUUCACGAGCUGUCGCACGCAUCCUGGGCAAGUCCGGUGCGACCAUCAAUGAAAUUAAGGACCGGACGGGCGUACAGAUCGAUGUCGACAGGGUGAUAGAUGACAAAGAGACCAACAUCACCGUCCGUGGGACAAAAACAGCCAUUGCGGACGCGAAGGAGGCGAUCUUGGAAAUCUCUGACCAGGUCGGCGAGGAGACAACUGAUUCUCUCAACAUUGAGAGCCGAUUCCACCGUACGAUCAUUGGUGCCGGUGGUCAAGGUCUGAAGGAGCUCAUCAUUCGUUGCGGCGGUCCUACCGACUCCAAAACCCAGGCGGGCCUAGUCAGAUUCCCUCGUCAAGGCGAGCCAUCUGACGAGGUCCGCCUACGCGGUGAGCCUAAGUUAGUCGCGAAGCUCAAGGCCGAACUUGAGACGACAGUCGCCGCUCUCCGCGACCGCGUCGUGCUAGCUGUCGAGGUUCCUGCUGCCCAGCACCGUACGCUCAUCGGCAGGGGCGGACAGCAUUUGAACGAACUUCAGAAUCGCACGGGUGCACAGGUGCAGUUCCCCGGCUCUCGGUCAUAUCACCCAAUUGGCGAGGCCGCGAACGCGUCAGAUCUGGAAGGUGUUGAUCCUGCUGACAUCGUGAAAGUGGUUGGACCACGGGCAGCGUGCCUGAAAGCUGUAGAGGAGCUCAAGACUCAGAUCAAGCCACCGGCACCAGAGGCUGUGACCGGUACAAUGACUGUGCCUCUCAAGUAUCACCAUGCUGUAACUCAGCAGGGCAACCUCUUCAGGACGCUGCGUUUCAUGGGCACACAGACCGAGCUAUCGAGGAUGCCCUCGAAGCCUGCUGUGCCGCCUCAUCCUCAGGCCGGACCCACGGAAGCUCGUAUUGAUGACGCGGAUGAUGCUGCCGGUCAUCCUGAGGUGCAGUGGCAGGUCGUUCCUAACUAUCAGGAUGCCGAGGAAGGGGAGGCAGAGUGGACCUUCAAGGCUCGUGACCAGGAGAGUCUGGACAAGGCUCUCAAGCUAACGCAGGACGCCAUCGAGCACGCAGAAACGAUGUCGCACGUGGGCUUCUUGACGCUCCCCGAUCGUUCGUCUUUCCCAAGAAUCGUUGGAGGAAAGGGUUCCAAUGUUGCUCGACUGCGCAACGAGACGGGAGCUGAUAUCACUGUGAGCCGCGAAGAUACCACGAUCACGAUCAUAGGAUCUGAGAGUGCUAUUGAAGCGGCUAAGGAGGCUAUCCUCAAAACCGCAACGAAUAACCGCCCUCGAGGUCGUCGCGAUGCUUAAAAACAUUAUAUGCUCGUCUCCUUGAGCUCUCAUAGGUCUAUGUUGGAGGUCAUCUCACACGCUAGCUUUCGGAUAUACCACAGUCGUCGCGCAUCGCUAUAUAGCACAAGUAAUCGUAAUUGAAGCAAAUGCAAAUAUACAGCAUGUAUCACAGCAAUGCAUGUUGAGUCCCAUGAA